AUGCCAUAUUUGGGCUUUGAAUGUAACAAUGUGACAUAUAAUUCCAUAAGUGAUGGAGAUGGUAAGGCUGGCAUGUUUGAGACGAUGGAGAAUUCGCUGACAGAUAUGAUUGAAAAUGAAAACUGCCAACCAUAUGUUUUCAUGCUGAAUUCUUUGAUAGGAUCAUAUGGAAACGGCAUGGAUGAUAAAAUAAAGGCUGUGACGGAUUUCAUGGAGAGGAGGUAUCGCGCCAUCACAAGUGCUUACUAUCGUGGGGCAGUUGGUGCACUUCUUGUAUAUGAUGUUACACGCCAUGCAACAUUUGAGAACGUCGAUACAUGGCUGAAAGAACUGCGAAACCACACAGAUUCCAACAUUGUUGUGAUGUGUAAUAUUCCGAAAGAAAGUGAGAUGCAAAUUAGAAAAUGA